AUGCCGAAAAGGUCAAUAGCAGUACUUUCGCUGACCUUGGUAGCAGGUGUCCUGCAAUCGUCAAGUGUCAAAGCCUUUUCCGCGCCCCACUCAUUAUCGGUAUCGCGAGCAAUAGUACAUCCACGUCAAGAAAGCGCUCCCUUUCCAAGGCGGAUAAAUAAUCGACUGUGGGAGAAGACCAAUGAUGAGGAAGACACCUCUUCCCCGCUCUCUACUCCAUCUGAAAAUAAUAAUGUGGACGCAAUCCCGCUGACGACGGACGAUGCUUCCAGCAUUGCUGCUGGUGGCACCCAGUCUGGCAAUAAUUUACCCUCCUACCGAGAAUUGUUUGUCUUUACGGCCACCACCAUUUUGAUUUGGAUCUCGGAACCGCUUCUGAGCUUGGUCGACACUACCGUAGUCGGCCUGACCCAACGCAAUGCCGUCGUGCAGGUGGCCGCCUUGGGUCCGGCGACGACAUUGAUUGAUUCCUUGCAAUACUUGACCUACUUUUUGGCCAUGGCCACCACCACGGAAGUAGCCAAGUACUUGGCACUCAAGGAUUAUCGAAAAUUGCAACAAGUCACAUCGCAAAUUCUAGGAGUGGCAGGAGUCUUGGGAUUGCUGAUUACAGCCACCAUUUGGGGGUUUGGGUAUCCCCUACUGAAAACCAUGAUUGGGACAUCUCAGAGUCCCGAGCUAGUGGGCUUGGCGGCACGGUAUUGCUGGAUACGAGCUUCCGUGGCACCCCUCGCCAUUAUGGGGUUUGUUGCCGAAACCAAUUGCUUGGCCAAUGUCGACACCAAAACACCGGCAUUGGCCGUCUUAUCUGCGUCGAUAAUUAACAUUGUCGGAGACGUCGCGCUGUCAGUGUGGGGAAUGCAAGGUGCGGCAGUGGCGACGGCACUGGCCACGGUAGCCUCGACAACCAUCAUGUUACGAAGAGUCAAAAAGCGCAAAGAAAUGUGGCGACAAAUGGAAUUGGGGGAGACGACAAAUGGUGACGCAGCAUCCAUGAUGAAUGGGAAUGCUGGAAUUUCCGCCGUUGUCGAGGGUUCUCCCACGUUGAAUGUAUCCGUCAAUGGCGCCUUGGAAAAAGAGUAUGCUGAACUGGAAGAGAUUGUGCCAAAAUCCAAAAAGACGAAGGACGGAGAAGAAAUUCCAUUCCUGUCACUGCCAGAUCGAGCAUCUUUUAUUGAGUUGCUCAAACUGUCUGGUCCCAUGUUCUUUGUCAUGUUGGGAAAGAUCGCCUGCUACAGUGCCAUGUCCAUUCGGGCCACUGACUUUGGAGUCGUCAAUCUAGCUGCUCACAGUAUCAUGAUGAGAGUUUUCUUCUUUUUCACAUGCUUUGGAGACUCCCUGAGUCAGGCUACACAGUCUUUCUUGCCCAAGGCACUCUACCCCAAGCCCAUUGCCAAGGAUUUACGCAAAAUGCUCAAGCGAUUCUUUGUCUUCUCCACCUGCGUGGGUCUCUUCAUUUCACAGUCCAGCAGUUGGGUACUUUCCAAUCUUGGAAGCUACCUCACCAAUGACAAGCUCGUGGUGACGACCAUUGCCAAGCACACAAAGCUUUUGUCACUCUCGCUGUUAUUGCAUCCAUUCAUAAUGCUCACAGAAGGAACCCUUACAGCCACUCGGGACUUUGCCAACAUGAUUUCCUCAUACACAGUCACCAUGAUCAUGCAUUUUACUCUCUUGGGAUUUACCUGUAGUUCCUUUCAAGACAUCUGGAAGGUGCUUUUCCUGUUCCAGGGUACCCGGCUGACUCUCUUCGGGGCGCGGGUUCUCAGCAAAGUUGUUCGAAAGCCCAAAGACGCUCUUCCACAAUCCGCCUAG